AUGGAAGUAAAAAUAAAAAGUAAGAAUGAGGAAAAUUUAGAGUACAUUAAAAAAUAUGUUGGAUAUGAUUUGGCAAAAGCGCUGUUUCUAACCAUAAAGACGGACACUGAAGACCCGCUAACCCUUAUUAGCAAACACCUACAAAAUAUUGCCUCCUUCAAUGAAGAGAAAAAAAAGAAAAAAAAAAUUUUCAAAAAAAAAUUAUAUUCAUAUAAUAUUAAAAUACAUGAUGAGAUAAGUAAAAACUUCACAAAAAAAAAAGUAAAAGAUUUAUACGAGUUUGUAAAUAGUAAGGGAAACAACCUGUUCGAUGAUUAUGCAGAAUUUUCUAAAUUUUUAAAUUUGAUCAAAAACGUUUUUGAGGUGGAAAAUGUGUACGUUGGGAAAAUAUAUAAAAAAAGUGAGAAAGGAAGAGGAAAUGUAAAGGGAAAUGGAAAUAAAAAAGGAAAAGGAAAAGGAAAUGCGAGUAUCAUCCUGAAAUUUAUACAUACAAGCGAAAAUUGCGAUUUAAAAGAAACAGUCUUAUUUGAUAAAAAAGAAAUUAAUAAUAUGUUUACUCCAGUUCUUGCAAAAAAAGAAGAAAAUUUUCUUUUUGAAACAAAUUACCUCUUUCCUAAUAUGAUAAAAGAAAAUUUUAUAUAUGACGAUUCAAAUGAAAACUUAUUUCCUGUUAUUAACCCCUUCUAUGAAAGUAGAAGCAGUAUAGACAGAAUGAAAAAAAGUAUAUGCUCUUCUUCUUAUGCUUCUUCUUCUAAGUAUGACCAUGAAGGAAGUAAUAUAAGCAGUGCACAGGGGAAUUCUGAUCAUGAGGAUAUGAAGGACCAUCAUUCGGGAAGUAGCCAGGUAGGAGGAGAUACGACAGGGGAUGAAGAGAAGGAAUGGAGUAAUGAAGAAUGGAGAAGAAAUGAUGAAGAAGCAAGCGGGAGUGAUGAAGAAUGGAGCACAAAUUAUGAAGAAGCAAACGGGAGUGAUGAAGAACGGAACGGAAGUGAUACAGAGGAUGGAAAAGAAAAUACCAGUAGCACUAAUAUAAAAGAACGGGGUAACCAUAAACACUUAACACAUUCCCAGGAAAAAAAAGAAAUUGCCAUUACUAACGAACAGGAAGAUUUUGAAAAGGAACAACUUGCAAUGCUACAUAUGAAUCUUACGUAUAGUUGUAUAUAUAUUUAUGAAAUAAUGGAAAGACAAAAUUCGUUUUUAUAUUCCUACAUGAAACCAGGAGAUUUCCUUUUUAUUCCUAUCGUAUAUUACACAUAUUACGAUUUUCAUUUUUUGAGAGAACUAUAUGCCUUUAAAAAAAGCUUUUUUCAUAACUUCAAAAAAGGAAGUAACACAAAUUGUGAGGGAUACUCUGCAAAUGAAUGUAACAAAGAUGGGGAAGUUAAAAAUUCAGAGAGUGAGAGAAAUAACCAAUUAACAGAUGAAGAAAACAAUAAAGAAAGCGAAGAAAUAAAGAAAAAUAAAGGUCUUAAUAGACCCAAGCUAGACUUCAAAAAGCGUGAAAAAGUAGAAAUGUGUUUGUGCUUAGAUAAUCGAGGUAGUAUAAAAAAAAUAAAUAAAAGGCAUAUUAUCAGCCUUACCCACCUUUCCUAUUUUUUAAUUACCCGAAUGUUAAUAUAUGAGAGGAAGAGCAUUAAAGAGCAGGUUAAUUACAUGAUCGAAUGCGAACACGGGGAAGAAAGGAGACUCACUGAUAAGUUAAUGGACAAAAUAGGAAACGUAAAUUAUGAACAAGUCAUAAAAAAAUUUGAAAAUAAGUUGGAGCACCAUUAUUACUAUGAUAAAUCUCCGGAGUUAAUUAAACACAUGUCGACUCUUCUAUGGAUUGAAAAAAAAAUUCAGAAACGGAGAGAAAAAAUCUGGGAAAUCAGGAAAAUAAAAAUUGAAUGCAACAAAAACUUCUUCCUAACCUUACUUAGUUGUUACAUAAUACUAGAAUAUAACUUUUUACCUUCUACAUUCUCAAACAAGGCUAUACAAGAUUACGAAUGGAGAAAAUUAAUACAAUAUAUAAACCAAAGUUUUAUAGACAAGCUAACAUCAUUUAAUCCAGUGCUUUUCUUUCAAGAAAAAGGAAUAGACAAGCUGCAUGAGACGAGCAAUUUGCUAAAUAAAUUAAGUUCAUUAAUAAAUAAGAAAUAUCCUUCUCAAAUGGAAAGCAUAACUACAUAUGGAAUAACUCUAUUGAAGUUUUUAAAUCAAGUGACAAUGAAUAUAUUGAGUGAAGUGAUCAAAGUAAAAGAAUGUGAAGUUGUCAAUUCUUCAUAA